AUGGCUAGUUUUGAUAUUCCAACUAUUGAUGUUUCUCCAUUUUUUAGAUUAGAGGAAAAUGAAGAAGGGAAAAAGAAGGUUAUUGUGCAAAUAAGAGAAGCUUGUGUUAACUAUGGUUUCUUCCAAAUUGUGAAUCACGGAAUUCCUUUGGAGUUGUUGAGCGGAACCAUGGAUAUGUAUUCUAAGACUUUCAGAAAAACUCGCGAAGAAUGUUCUCUGUUUGAUAUUCUUAGGCAAGUAUUGGAGGCGAUUGUUUCUCAUUUCACAAAAUUAGAAGUUGUGUUGGAAGGAAUCAUAAAUGAGUGUCUUGGCCUCCCUCCUGACUUCCUACCAAACUAUAGAAAUGAUCGUUCUCGGGAUUCAUUGCUCGGUCUCCACUACUUUCCAGCGAUAGAAGAUGAUGACAAGACGGGAAAAACUGCACAUGAAGAUCCUGGCUGCUUCACUAUUCUCUACCAGGAUGAAGUUAGAGGCCUUGAGGUGCACAAAGAUGACCAAUGGAUUCCCAUAGCGCCUUCCAAAGACAAACUUAUUGUUAACAUUGGUGAUGUCAUUCAGGUGCUAAGCAACAAUAAAUUCAAGAGUGCAACUCACAGAGUGGUGAGACCAAGUGAAACAAACCGUUACUCGUACGCUUUCUUCUAUAAUGUGCAUGGAGACAAGUGGGUUGAGCCAUUACCACAAUUUACAAAGGAAAUUGGAGAGUCACCAAAGUACAGAGGAUUCGUGUUUGAAGAAUAUCAUCAUUUGAGAAUCAAAAACAGGAGUCAUCCUCCAGAUAGACCUGAAGAUCUCAUCCAUAUAACUCACUACUCAAUUUCUAAUUAGAGGACAAGUCUAUGUGAUGAACAGUUUUCUCUCUAUAUGGAAAUAAACAUAUCAAUAAUAUGUAUCGUGACCAUCUCAUUUAAAAAUUUAAUUUGUUAGGCAGCACAUGCUGUUAUUUCUUAAAA